GGGGCGCUGCGCGGCGGCUCCAUGCGCGGCGGCCGGGGGCUCGGCCAUGGGGCUCGGCGGGAUGUGGCUGGCGCUGCUGCUGGGCUGCGCCGCCGCCGCAGGAAGCAUAUGAUUUUCCAUGGAUGUUUUACAGGUGCCGGCGGCGGGGGCGCCCGCUGCGAAAAAGCCUGCAACCCCCGGCUGGGCAACCUGGCGCACGGGCGGGCGCUGCGGACGGAGACGGCGUGCGGCGCCGGCGCCCCCGAGCCCUACUGCGCCUACUCCGAGGCGGCCGACCGGCGCUGCGAGCCGCCGGCCUGCGGCCGCUGCAGCGACGCCCGGGCGGCCCUGGCCCACCCGCCCGCCGCCAUGGCCGAUUCCCCUUUCCGCCGGCCCCGCACCUGGUGGCAGUCGGCCCGAAACGCCCCCCGGGAGACCAUCCGGCUCGACUUGGAGGCCGCCUUCUACUUCACCCACCUGAUCCUGGUGUUCAAGUCGCCGCGGCCUGCCGCCAUGGUGCUGGAGCGCUCGCAGGACUUCGGGAAGACCUGGAGGCCCUACAAGUACUUCGCCGCCAACUGCUCUGCCACCUUCGGGCUAGAGGACGACGUGGCGCGGAAAGGAGCUGCCUGCACUUCCCGAUACUCCAGUCCCUUCCCCUGUACGGGAGGAGAGGUGAUAUACCGAGCUCUGGCGCCGCCCUACGCGGCCGAGGAUCCCUACAGCGCCGAGGCCCAGGAGCAGCUGAAGAUCACCAACCUGCGCGUGCGGCUGCUGAAGCGGCAGGGCUGCCCCUGCCACGCCGAGGGCCUGGCGGCGAAGCCCCCGCAGCUCCUGCACUUCGCCGUCUACGACUUCAUCGUGAAAGGCAGCUGCUUCUGCAACGGCCACGCGGACCACUGCGUGCCCGUCGCUGGCUUCAGACCCGUCAAGGCAGCCGGCGUCUUCCACGUGGUCCACGGAAAAUGCAUGUGCAAGCACAACACAGCAGGAUCCCACUGCCAGCACUGCGCUCCGCUCUACAAUGACCAGCCUUGGCAGGCUGCAGAUGGCAAAACUGGAGCCCCCAAAGAGUGCCAGUCAUGCAAGUGUAAUGGGCAUGCCGACACUUGUCAUUUUGACAUGGAUGCGUGGCUGGCAUCAGGGAACCGCAGUGGUGGCGUCUGCGACAACUGUCAACACAACACUGAAGGGCAGCACUGCCAGCGCUGCAAGCCAGGUUUCUACCGAGACCUCAGAAAGCCUUUCUCUGCCCCGGAUGCCUGCAAACCCUGCGCCUGCCACCCCCUGGGCUCGGCCACGCUGCCGCUGGGCCCCGGCACCUUCUGCGACCCCAGCAACGGCGACUGCCCCUGCAAGCCCGGCGUGGCGGGGCCCCGCUGCGACCGCUGCCUCCUCGGCUACUGGGGCUUCGGCCCCGACGGCUGCCGGCCCUGCGACUGCGCCCGCCGCUGCGACCCGCUCACCGGCGGCUGCCUGGGCGGCAGCGCAGACGUAGACUGGCAUCACGAAGUGCCUCCCUUCCAGCCGGCGCUCAACGACAGCGAGCCAGCCUGGGGCUGGGAGGACGAGCAGGGAUUUUCGGCUCUGCGACACUCCGGUAAAUGCGAAUGUAAAGAACAAGUUUUAGGGAAUCCCAAGGUCUUCUGUGGAAUGAAGUACACCUAUGUGAUAAAGACAAAAAUCUUAUCAGCUCAUGAUAAAGGCUCCCAUGCAGAAGUCAAUGUGAAGAUCAAGAAAGUCUUGAAAUCUACAAAGCUUAAGAUUCUCCGGGGCAAGAGGACUCUCUAUCCUGAAUCCUGGACUAAUAGAGGCUGCACUUGCCCAAUCCUUAAUCCUGGCUUGGAAUACCUGGUAGCAGGACAUGAGGAUGUGCGGACUGGCAGACUCGUGGUCAACAUGAAAAGCUUUGUCCAGCAGUGGAAGUCGGCCCUCGGAAGAAAGGUCCUAGAGAUUUUGAAACGAGACUGCAAUUAAAAGUGCACAGCCACCUAAGGCAUUUCUUUAUGCACAAAAUGCAACCUUCAUGGAGAGAAGACCUCUUGGAUGAAAACUGGAAUGUAAGAAAAUAGUUCCAAAACGUGUAGUGAGAUGUUCUAAUUUGUAGGCGCUGUCUGAUUUAACCCUUCCCUGUCAAUUUUCAUUUACGCUCCUGUAGCUUCUUUGCAAGGGUGCUUGUGUGAGCCCGAGGCCAUAGUUAUGCUGAGGGAAAUCAAAACAAGGGUGGGCUCUUGUCCCACUCCGGUGCAAUUCUGGAAUAACUCCUAUGAAGCCACCCCAGACUCAGUUGUCACCCUAGAGAGGCAAAGCAGGCUCCACUGUCACCAGGAUAAAUCCUGAGCAGCUUCCAGAGCAGGGAGAUGCCCCCUGAAUUUAUGCCGGUGUGCUGUGGGGAAGAGAGGGCCAAAGUCCCCCGUCACUGCACACCUUGCUGGGGGCUGCAGGGGAGGUCUGCAGUAGCAGGCAGGAGUGAAUUGAAUUACUCUGCCUCUGCAGAAGCGUGGCGAAGGGCAGAUCCCAUCCACCGCGUUGUGUUAGAGAAAAGCCGACUCUAGAGGGUGUAAUGUCUCUGAGGUUUUGUCCAUGAAGGGUUAAAAAAAUGAACCUAUCCCAAUGUAAAUAUGUCGUUGUAUAAAGCACUUUACUACCUGCCACUUCAUGGUGUGGAAAGUCUAACCGUGUUGGGGAAAGAAUUUGUUGAAGAUGGCACAAGAGAAGAACUCAUUAAAACAGAAGCACUCCUGAAGACCCCCAGUGUGGACAGCGUUAAUGGUAUAAAGGGAACGGCCAGCCUGGCACUGGCCUCUCAGCGUAUCUGAGGAUGCAAUUUGAAAGAUAAUAUAUUUGCACUGAAGUCCCAACUUCAGACCAGCACUUGGACUCCAUGGGCAGGACUCCAACGAGACUUCACAAACAGUAUAAAACGAAGAAGAGACUUUGAAAUAAAAAAUAAAAUUGCCAGGGGAGAAAACUCUGCCUGCAGGAAAAGGAAUGGAUUAUGAGAAUAGAAAGGACUCUUAUUCGCGUACUACAAGACAGUGAUUCAUGGUGGGCCUGGAGUUUAUUUUAUUUUUAUGUUAGUAUUUAAAACUGAACAUUUGAUUUGUUUUCUUCUGUGUUUUUGUUUGCAGUAUCUAUGGCCAUUAUACUUCCUCAUUAACACCAGUAUGGAAUAUAGCACAGUUUACUGCAGUUUUCAGCACUAAAGUAUAUCUUUUCUGUAAAGCAUCUUUAAACACAUUGCAUAGAGUGUAUUUUGUUCAUGAAUGAGAGGAGAAAGAAAAGGAAAAUGUGCAACACCAUAAAAGCCACAAGUCUACCAAUCCACUUUGCAUAUGUAUUUUUCUUUCAAGGUCCUGUGGACUCACAGAAAAUGAUACUAUUUUGGUAAUUUGUUUUUAUAUCUCAUGUAUGUAAUAAAUAUAAUAUGAUUUCAACA